AUGUGUGAAAUCUGCAGCUCCCCAGAAGAGAAGCCCUCAAUGUUUGUUAUUAUCAUAUCUUUCACUAUUUCAGGAACAGAGUGCAUCAUUGGCAUUACUGGGAAUGGUUUCAUUAUGGCUAUCAAUGGGACUGAGUGGGUUCAGAACAGAAAGUUCUCCACAAGUGGUAGGAUUUUGUUUUUCCGUUUGUCUAGAAUUGCUCUCCAGACCCGCAUGAUGAUAGAAAACUUUGCCUCUUUAAUAUUCCUAUCUUUUUACAAAGAAGACACUAUCUAUGAACUAUUCAGAGUCAUUUUCAUGUUCUUGACUUUUUGCAGCCUCUGGUUUGCUACUUGGCUUAGCAUUUUCUAUUUUGUAAAGAUUGCUAAUUUCAACAACCCCCUGUUCCUCAAACUAAAGUGGAGAAUCACCAGAUUGAUGCCCUGGCUAUUGUUGUCAUCAGUGAUCAUUUCUUUCUGCAACAGUGUCCUCUUUUCUCUGCAUGUUUACAAUGCAUCCUGCAGUGACUUAAUCCUCAAUCCAUUCUCCAACUCCACAAAGAAGAAAUACAACAUUAAUACCAAUAUGAUUAACUUGGUUGUUAUCUACAAUGUAGGAAUGUUCAUCCCUCUCAUCAUGUUCAUCCUUGCAGCCCUCUCAUUGAUCAUUUCUCUCAAAAGACACACCCUGCAGAUGGAGAUUAAUACCAUAGGCUCCAGGAAUCCCAGUAUGGAGGCUCACAUGGGAGCCAUCAAAGCCAUAAGUUCUUUCCUCAUUCUCUACAUUUUCAAUUUUGUUGCUUUGCUCCUCUUCAUGUCUAACAUUUUUGAUGAAAACAGUUUCUGGAAUAUAUCCUGCAAAAUCAUUAUGGCUGCCUAUCCUUCUGGUCACUCAAUAUUAUUAAUCUUGGGCAAUCCCAAACUAAGGAAUGCAUGAGGAACGUUUCAGCACCAAAUGAAAUUCUGCCUAAAAGGGAGGACUUCCUAA